AACUUGCCUCGUGAGGAAAGGUUUAAGCCUGAAAAUGUCAUCCUUGUUGGUUUGAUGCCUGGUUCUAAGGAGCCAAAGACCGAAGAGAUCAACCACUAUUUAAAGUCAAUAGUCGAUGAAUUGCUGCAGUUGUUUACAAGGAUAACCAUCCCAACCUUUGAGUGCCCAGCUGGUGUUAAUGUACAUGCUGCAUUACAUAUGGUUGCCUGUGACAUCCCCGCUGCCAGGAAGACCAGUGGAUUCACCGCCCACAACAGUACUUGUGCAUGCCCCAGAUGUGUGAGACAGUUUACCAGGUUACCAAGCACCAAUCAGGUCGACUUCAGUGGGUUCGACUAUUCAACGUGGAAAAUCCAUAGCGGUCUGGAAAGUAGGUUGCAUGCUGAGGAGUGGAAGAGUGCCAGUACGCCCUCAGAAAGGCAUCAGUUGGAAAUUGAAAAUGGUGUUCGAUGGUCACAGCUGCAUCGCCUUGGAUACUUGGAUCUAGUAUGUGGAACAAUCAUCGAUCCCAUGCAUAAUUUAUUCUUGGGGACACCAAAGAGAAUGAUGGAGUGGUGA